AUGUCAUUUACUGAGCGACACAAUAUCAUCGACUUAAGUGACAUUGUAACAUCGUUGCAACCCUUAGAGAGUUUUGAAUCUGAUAACUAUGAGAAGAGAACGUUUGAUAGACAAGCCACAGUUUCAACAGAGAGAAAUCAAUCAAUUUUUUCAUCUUUGUCACCGAAUUUGUCGAAAUCAAUCCCAAUGAGUAAAAGCAAUAGUUGUCGACUUUUAUCAACUCUCCGACCGCAUCAAAAAAAUACUUUUUUGCCCGAGGAAAAAAUCUAUUUUGAUGAAAUGGUAGAAAAAUGUCAACAUUUUGAUAAAUCGUAUGACAAGCACCACUCAAUUGGAAUUCGAAAUUAUUACAAAAACGUGGAGAGCGAAAGAAACAAAAUUGGCAAAACUAAAAAUCACAGCACAAAUCUGCAGUUGUUAAAGCACAAAGAAGAAAUUUCAUCAUCAUUAAGUGAAUACGAUCAGAAGCAUUCACAGUUGAGUAAAACUAUGGAGGACGAAGCGAUCAAAAUUAAUGAAUCUUCAGAAACUCUCAUCAAUCGUCGACUGACGUUGCCUCUUCAGCUAAACCGAAUCACUGCACUCUCGUUAAUUAAAAAGAAUAAUUCGAUAUUGUGCGGACGUAAUGAUUCCAACUACGAAGGAAUCAAAACGUAUUUCAACCGAAAACAAGAUGAUGAUGCUUCACUAACAUCAAAAACAGACACGAGGCAAAAACAUUACCAUCGUUUAGAUGCUUCUAAACCAAUUAAAACCUUAACUUCAUCGGAAGAGAAUACUUGCCACCAACAACCAAAUAUCUUGAUAUUAAUGAAUGAUGAUUGCAAAUCGCUUCAAGUGCAAGACGAACUUCCAUCGAAAUUGGUAUCGAGCAUCGGAAUCGAAAGCUUUGUUGAUAAAUAUUGCAAGAAUUUCCAUCCAAGGGACGAUAAAAACGACUAUGAAAUUAAUGAAAAUACGAAAACUAAUUUGAGAAUCGAGGGAAAACAUAAUUUAGAUUUCGAUCUUCAAUGCUUCAGUAAGAAGUUGUCAGCAUGCCCCUCAAGGCAAGAAAUAAGAUCUUUUCAACAGCAACAAGCAUCAGACAAUGACAAUAAAAUUGCAAUUACACAUAUCGAAGUGGAAUCAGGAGACGACAAGACUCAUGCUACUCGUAACUAUGAUGAUGAAUUGAAAUUGAUUGGAAUUAACAACUCGUGCAAUUCUUCAGAUUCUUAUGAACAUUUAAGUGACUGUUUUUCAUCGUUCUCAUCGCUGACGUGUAAUAGCACAAGCUCGACAACAUUUUCUAGAAUAUCUGAUUCCAAUGCGUCAUUAACUGACGCACGUAGUCAUGACUGCUUUCAUAGAAAUGCCGAUAACGGAAUUAACAGAGGGAAAAUUUUCACCAAUGGAGAAUUCUUUUAUGGUCCCUAUGACUUCGAUUUGUUUUCAAAUGAAUUCUAUCAAUUUCGUGAUAGUAACAGCGAUAGCGACGAGAAGACAUCCAAGGCAGCUAAUGAUGAUGAAGCAGAAAAACUUGGAAACGCAACUCAUGUUAUUACUACUAGCGAGUUAUUAAAAAAUCAUGAUGAGGUUGACAAUAAAACGGAACUUUCGUUUGUACGUGAUGUGGAUAUUGAGAAAGGAUGUGAAAUUUUACGCAAUAAUAAUAAUAAUAAUAAUAAUAGCCCGAGCAAAAACGAUAGAGUUGGUAUCGAAUUAAAUAUAACAAAUUGUUUGGAUGAUGAUGAGCGAGAUGCUUUGGUUCCGACUAUCCGAAAUGAUGAUGUUGCUGUUGUCAAGAAUUUCAAUUAUGUUUCGUCCAAAACAUUUGACCACAGUUUGAUUGAUUUGAUGGAUGAAGGUGACAAUGACGUCGGCACUAAGCGUGAAUGCGCUUCAGGGUUUGAUGAUUCGCAAAUUGUUUGUAGAAAUAUCACAUCGACAGAUUAUGCUAAGAACUAUGACAUGUCACACACACUUUCUACACCUAAGCCAUUGAAUUACUCGCAAGAAUUUAAUUAUAAACGAAACAAAAUUGUUGAAAUUACUCAUGAAAAUGAGCAUUUAUUAGAGCCUCCACCUAGAAAUGAUUGCUAUAAAAUGAACACAGAUGAGAAAUUCUACAAUGACCAACGAUUUAUUAUUGUCGACAACAACGGCGACAAUGAUGAGAUAGAAAAUAUAAUUAGAUUUAAAGAACGUUGGAGGAUGAAUCGACAACCCAAUUCCCUGAUGGUUCUUUCAUCAUCGGAUCCACAUUGUGACGAGCUUGAUUCAUAUUUUUUAACAAAUGUUAUCGAUUUUGAUAAUCAAUGGUGA